GUGAGGAGGCGGGCGGGCCGGGUGCGGUUGGUGCCGUUGGUGCCAUGAGCUACGAGCAGCGCCGCGACUGGGGCCGGGGCCGGGGCCGCGGCGGCGAUGGCGGCUCCUCCGCUGCGUCCUCGGGCGGAGGGGGACACGGGGGACAUGGGGGACAUGGGGGCCGCGGCGGAGGAAGGGGCCGCCACCCCAGCCACCUCAAGGGCCGCGAGAUCGGGCUGUGGUACGCGCGGAAGCAGGGCCAGAAGAGCAAGGAGACGGACCGGCAGCAGCGGGCCGUGGUGCGGAUGGACGAGCGGCGGGAGGAGCAGAUCGUGCAGCUGCUGAACGCCGUGCAGCCCAGGGCCGAGAAGGAGCAGGAAGCCAUGUCAUGGUGGUCCGGGGACGAGGAGGGACAUACUCCAGAACAACCUCCAAAGGUGAAGCCAGGAGCUGAAAAAGGUGAAAAAGCUCCUGUGAAACGGCAGCCGGGCUUGGAGAAAACGUUUCUUGAUCAGGAUGUGGAAUACCUCUUUGAAAGGAAUGAUCAAGAUGCGGAUUUAGAUGAGCAGCUUAAAGAAGACUUAAGAAAGAAGAAAUCUGAUCCUAGAUAUAUUGAAAUGCAGAGAUUUCGAGAGAAGCUCCCUUCGUAUGGGAUGAGACAGGAACUUGUAAACCUUAUAAACAAUAAUCGAGUGACUGUAAUAAGUGGUGAAACUGGCUGUGGGAAGACAACCCAAGUGACACAGUUCAUCCUGGAUGAUUACAUAGAGCGAGGGAAAGGCUCCACGUGCAGAAUUGUUUGUACUCAGCCCAGGAGGAUCAGCGCUAUCUCAGUGGCUGAGAGAGUUGCUGCUGAAAGGGCAGAAGCGUGCGGUAAUGGCAAGAGUACAGGAUACCAGAUUCGUCUGCAGAGUCGGUUACCAAGGAAACAAGGUUCAAUUCUGUACUGUACCACAGGAAUUGUCCUUCAGUGGCUCCAGUCAGAUAAGCAUCUGUCCAGUAUUAGUCACGUAGUUCUUGAUGAAAUUCAUGAAAGGAAUCUUCAAUCAGAUGUUUUAAUGAGCAUUAUAAAAGAUCUUUUGAAUGUUCGUUUGGAUCUGAAAGUAAUACUAAUGAGCGCCACUUUAAACGCAGAGAAGUUUUCGGAGUACUUUGAUAACUGCCCAAUGAUUCACAUUCCUGGGUUCACGUUUCCUGUGGUGGAGUAUCUUCUUGAAGAUGUCAUUGAGAAAUUGAGAUAUACUCCCGAAAACACAGACCGUCGGCCACGGUGGAAGAAAGGUUUCAUGCAAGGACAUGUAAGCAGGCCAGAAAAAGAAGAAAAAGAAGAAAUCUACAGGGAACGAUGGCCAGAAUAUUUAAGGCAGCUGCGGGGCAGGUAUUCAGCGGGUACUAUAGAUGCCUUGGAAAUGAUGGACGAUGACAAGGUUGACCUUGACCUAAUAGCAGCACUUAUCAGACACAUUGUUCUGGAGGAAGAGGAUGGUGCAAUCCUGGUGUUCCUUCCAGGGUGGGACAACAUCAGCACUCUGCACGAUCUCUUGAUGUCACAAGUCAUGUUUAAGUCAGAUAGAUUUAUUAUCAUCCCUUUGCAUUCAUUGAUGCCUACAGUCAACCAGACUCAGGUGUUUAAGAAGACCCCCCCAGGAGUAAGGAAAAUUGUGAUUGCUACCAACAUUGCAGAGACCAGCAUUACAAUAGAUGACGUGGUGUUCGUUAUAGAUGGUGGAAAAAUCAAGGAAACUCACUUUGAUACACAGAACAACAUCAGCACAAUGGCUGCAGAGUGGGUUAGCAAAGCCAAUGCCAAGCAGAGGAAAGGUCGAGCAGGAAGAGUGCAGCCAGGCCACUGUUACCAUCUGUACAAUGGGCUGCGUGCCAGCCUUCUGGAUGAUUAUCAGUUGCCAGAGAUCUUGAGGACGCCUUUGGAAGAGCUCUGCUUACAGAUCAAGAUUCUAAAGCUUGGUGGAAUUGCUUAUUUUCUGAGUAAACUGAUGGACCCGCCAUCUCGUGAUGCUGUCAUGCUGGCCAUUAAUCAUCUAAUGGAGCUGAACGCUUUGGACAGACAAGAGGAACUGACUCCGCUCGGUGUACAUCUAGCACGAUUACCAGUUGAACCACAUAUUGGAAAAAUGAUCCUCUUUGGAGCUUUGUUCUGUUGCUUGGAUCCAGUACUUACAAUUGCAGCAAGCCUGAGCUUCAAAGACCCUUUUGUCAUUCCCCUGGGCAAAGAGAAAGUGGCAGAUGCAAGAAGAAAGGAGCUGUCAAAGAAUACUAAAAGUGAUCAUCUAACAGUGGUGAAUGCUUUCACAGGAUGGGAAGAGACUCGUCGUCGUGGGUUCCGAACUGAGAAGGACUAUUGCUGGGAAUAUUUCCUGUCUCCAAAUACUCUCCAGAUGCUGCAUAAUAUGAAAGGACAGUUUGCUGAGCAUCUGCUUGCAGCUGGAUUUGUGAACAGCAGAGACCCCAAGGAUCCCAAGUCUAAUACCAACUCAGAUAAUGAGAAGCUGCUCAAAGCUGUCAUCUGUGCUGGCUUAUAUCCAAAAGUUGCAAAGAUCCGGCCAAGCUUUAGCAAAAAGAGGAAAAUGGUGAAAGUUUGCACCAAGACAGAUGGAACAGUGAAUAUUCAUCCGAAAUCGGUUAAUGUGGAAGAAACAGAGUUCCAUUAUAACUGGCUUGUGUACCACUUGAAGAUGAGAACUAGCAGUAUCUACCUGUAUGACUGUACAGAAGUUUCCCCGUACUGCCUGCUGUUCUUUGGAGGAGAUAUAUCCAUCCAGAAGGAUAAGGAUCAGGACACCAUUGCUGUGGAUGAAUGGAUUGUUUUCCAGUCUCCGGCAAGAAUAGCACACUUAGUUAAGAAUUUAAGACGUGAACUCGAUGAUCUCCUCCAAGAAAAAAUAGAGAACCCCCACCCUGUGGACUGGAAUGACACCAAAUGCAGGGACACGGCCGUACUGACAGCCAUUAUAGACUUAAUCACCACCCAGGAGAACGAAAGUGCCAGGAAUUACGCUCCACGGUUUCAGGGCGAACGCUGCAGCUGAUGCCCUGCGGCUGUUGGUUGAACCCGUAUCCCGUUCGGUUUGUUGUGGGUGGCAGUUACUGAGCGGGAGGAAAGGCUGAGGGGCAGCUCCUGCAGCAGCCACGGCCGUGUCUGUCUGUCUGUCUGCAUGUCUCGUGUGUCGCCUUUUAAGUAACAGAGCAGCAGUGUUAGCAGCAUUAGUUGGUGUUCGUUUGCUUUUGUCCCCCUCGGAGCCCUGUGAUGCUGCAGUGUUCUUUCCUCCUCUGCUAAAAGCUGCUUAUCGCAUUGCGCUCCCUCAGCGGCCGCUGAUGGGUGCAGUCUCAAUGCAGUUUGGGGCCGGGGAGGGAAUGCUGCAGUGCAGCCCUCUUCUGCUGCUUCCCUUCCCCCCGUGGCGCUGAGGGCGCUCCGUUACUGAUCGUGGUGGAAUCCACCUGCAGCCUUCGUUGUGUUACAUGUUUUUUUUUACUCAUUCUGUGUCUGGGCGCAGUGUCACAUUAAAGGACUUCUCCCCCAGCCGUGUCUCUCCUGCUCUCCGCACGCGGUGCCGCUCAGCGCUGCGGGGAUUUAAACGGGGCCGGGGCUGCCUGCAUGGCGGCUGUAACAGCGGCGAUGAGGUAGGUGCCCUGGGGCACGAACCUUUUCAUCAGCCUUCUUGUCCAGCUGGGCGCACUGCUGCCUCAUGUCCAUCAGCACAGCGCGGUCCCUUUCCAUCAGGCAGCUUUCCAGCCGCUCCUCCCCAACCCUGUAGGAUUGCCUGGCAUUGUGACCGAAAUGCAGGACCCGACGCUUGGCCCAAUUGAAACCCACACAGUUUGCCCUGGCCUAUUGAUCCAGUCUAUCCAGGUCCCUCUGAAGUGCGUUUCUCCCCUCAGGCAGAUCAGCACUCCCUCCCAACUUGGUGUCAUCUGCAAAUUUACUGAGGGUGCACUCAAUCCCCUCAUCAAGAUCUUUAAUAAAGAUGCUAAAUAGAAGUGGUCCCAGUACCGAGCCCUGGGGGCACCACUGGUGACCAGCCACCAAAUGUGUUUAACUGCAUUGUCCACAGCUCUUUGGGCCCGGCCAUCCAGCCAGUGCUUCACCCAGCUCAGCAUACACCCAUCCAAAUCAUGGGCAGCCAGCUUCUGCACGAGGAUAGGGGGCUACAGUGUCAAAGGCAUUAAUGAAGUCCAGGUAAACUAGAUCAACAUCCUUACCUUCAUCAGCUCCUGUAUCUUUAAAAUAACUGCCUUAAAGUAUUGCUAGCCUUUUUGGGCUCCCAUGUCUUCCAAAACUACCUCCCAUGGCCCCCCCCAACCAUGGUCCUAAAGAGGUUAAACUUUGCCAUCCAGGAGUCCGAGAUGGCAGGUCUGCUGACUCCUGUCUGUGGAGUUCCUUUGGGUAAGGAACUGGCUGGAGGGCCGUGCCCAGCAGGUAGUGGUUAAUGGAGUUAAGUCUGGCUGGUGACCUGUUACAAGUGGUGUCCCCUGGGGGUUGGUACAGAGGCCCGUCUUGUUUAACAUCUUCAUUGAUGACCUAAUGAGGACAUUGAGUUACAGGGCAGUGCUGGUUCAGACACAUCCAACUUCUCUGACAAUGGUGUUAAUGACCUGCAGCUCAGUGCUCCCUGAAGACAAACAGGCUGUAUUUUAGUAAGGAUUUUAAAGGAUUUUAUUGAUUGUAGUCCUAUAAAAUCAUAAAAGUCUUUAAUUCCUGUGUCUGAAAAUAAGAAAAAAUGCUUUUAAAAAACAUUACAGCACUUCUGGAAAAAAUAGGUAUGAAAAAUAUAUACAGUGUAUUAAAAAUCUGAAUAAAAUUAAUGCCUGGAUUUAUACAUUCAGUUACGUGUUAAACACCUGUCUGUGUACAAUAAAGCCUUUGUUACAAUA